GGGCAAGAGUGAGACUCUGUCUCAAAAAAAAAAAGAAGAAGAAGAAGAAGCUGAUGGGCAGCACUGGACACCUGUGGACACUUCCUGCUUGCAGCCCCCAGCUCUCUCUUGGGGCACCGUCUCUCCCAAGGGCAAGGAACCACCCCAUGAGGAGUGAUGGUGGUAAUGAAGGGGUGGUUCCUUGCUUCUCACAGAAAAGCAUGUUCAGGCCUGUAACUCUCUGAGGUCUGGGGAAGCAGAGCCCUCAGAGCUGAAUUUCUGUGUGGCAUCGAACCCAUGGAACAGCAGAAAAAAAAAGAAAAAAGAUGAAUUUCAGUGUGGCAGCCACUGCCCACAUGGGGCUACUGAGCACCUGGAAUGUGUCUGAUCUGAACUGAGAUGUUUUUUCUACAUGCAUCAAACAUGGGAUGAGUUUCAAAGACACAGUAUCAAUAAUACUUCAUUAAUAUUUUUUAUUGAUCAAAUAUAAAAAUAAUAUUUCAGAUAUGUUGGGUUAAAGUAACUAUUACAAUCUAUUUUGCUUGUUUCUUUUUCUUUUCUUUUAUGUGGCUACUAGAAAAUUUUAAAUGACACACGUUCCUCACAUUUUAUUUCUAUUGCACGUCGCUGUCUUGGAGGACAUCCUGCCUCCAUUUUCAGUUAGGCAAGCACGUCCUGAAAAGACCAGAGGCCAGGAAGUUUACAAAGUCUCAAACUUUAAAAUGAAUUGUUAUUGUUAUUUGCAUUUGUGAAUAAAAAAUGUAUUUACUGUACAUGUAUAUAUAAUUUAUGAAAAGUUACAAUUUAAAUUCAAGGUGCAACAAAAAAGUCCUCCGGGCAGAGCCAGGUCACAGAGCACGCGGGCAAACCCAGUCUACCAAGAGGUACAAACACCUGUUACUCUGGCCUCAUUCAGCUGCAGUCUGAUGGCGUCACUGCUGUCACUCUUGGCCAGAGGGGUGGGGCCUAGAGCAUUAUCCAAUCAGGGGCGCUGUAUUGAGAGCUGUCCAAUCAGAUGCGCAGACAGAAACAAGGAGGCGGCUUCCGGGACAUGGCGCGGCCUUUGUCUCUUCCGCCGGGCACGGAGCCGGCGUCCCCUCUCCGCCGUUGCUCCUCUCGGGGCCCAGGUCCUUCUGCCUGUGGGUGUGGUGGUAGCAGAUGAAGCGGUUGUGCUGAUGCCUUGAAAUGCACAUUCUCAAGAUGCAGCUGCGAUUUGUGCCGAUACCCUCAGCUGAGAAGGAACCUUAGAGAGGCAGAAGGAAGAGGAAGAAAUGGCUGGUUCUCAGGGAUUGUUGACAUUCAGGGACGUGGCCGUAGACUUCUCUGCGGAGGAGUGGGCAUGCCUGGAUCCUGCUCAGCAGAGUUUGCAUCGGGAUGUGAUGUUAGAGAACUACACAAACCUGGUCUCUGUGGGUCUUGCUGCUUCUGAGCGGGACCUGGUUUCCUGUCUGGAGCAAAGGCAAGAGCUGCGGAAUGUGAGGAAACAGGAGGCAGGAGUCACACACCCAGAUAUAUUUUCUCAUUUGACCCAAGUCCUGUUGCCAAAGAAGUACAUAGAAGUUCCAUUCCAAAAAGUGAUAUUGGGAACAUUUGCGAGGUGUGAUCUUGAAAAUUUGCAUAUAAAGAAAUAUUGGGAAAGUGUGAGUGAAUGUGAAGCUCAGAAUGGAUGUUAUGAUGGACAGAAAAAAUGUAGGACAACUAUCUAUAACAAAAAUAUCGUGGAUAGUGGAGGUCAAGAACACAAAACAUUUUGGAACAAAAGUCCAUUUAUAUCAGUUACUUUUGCUGAACCACAUGUUUCUGUAGGUAAAUAUCAAGAUCAAGUUUUGGGACAUAACAUUUAUCUGAAAGGACAUUUGGAAAAUCAAAAUAGGGACUUGGUCCACAUUCCAAAUGAUGAUUUGGAUCAAGUAAAGUAUAGAAUUGGAUUAAAUGUUCAGUCACAUAUUGCUGGAGAUCUGAGAUUUAAAAAUGAAGGGAAGAUUUCUAAACAUGAUCAAUUUGAUGAGUCCGUUGUUGAAAGUUUAUUAUUGUUCCACCAAAACAUAAUACCUUCACCUACCAAAAUCAAUAAUGUUGAUGAACAUGGAAAAGGCUUCACCCAGUCAUCAUUGCUUAAUCGAUAUGAGGAAAUAGAUAACUUGGGAAAAUGUCACACUUCUAAUAAAACUCUCCUGUCCUUUAGCCAGGACUCUACCCUAAAUGAUUACCGAGAUUUUUAUAUUGAUGACAGAAAUAAUCAAUGCCAUAAAUCUGAGCAAACCAAAGAAGUUUCUGGUUCUAGAAAACAUCAGAAAACUCAUUUUCCAGAGAACCAUUACAAAUGUAAAAAAUGCAAGAAAGUGUUUUUUCAAUACUCAAAGCUUAUUGUCCAUCAGUGUAUCCGUAUUCAAGAAAAGUGUUACAAAUAUAAUAAAGGUGUAGAAGCUGAUACCCAGCCUUCAAAACAUACUCAGCCUCUGGGAAGCUAUUUUGGAGGAAAUUCAUACAGAUUGAGUAAAUGUGAGAAAAUCUUUAGUCCGUCAUCAAAUCAAAGAGAACAUAACAUGAUCUAUACUGAAGAGAAACUCUACAAAUGUAAAGAAUGUGGCAAAACCUGUAACCAUAUUUCACAACUUAUUCAACAUCAGAAAAUUCAUACUGGACAAAAAUUGUACAAAUGUGAUAUUUGUAGCAAAUCCUUUACUCGUUCCUCAAGUCUUAUUAUGCACCAGAGAAUUCAUACGGGAGAAAAAUUGUAUAAAUGUGAUACGUGUAGCAAAUCUUUUACUCACUCCUCAACUCUUACUGUGCACCAGAGAAUUCAUACGGGAGAAAAAUUGUAUAAAUGUGAUACCUGUAGCAAAUCUUUUAGUCACUCCUCAAGUCUUAUUGUACACCAGAGAAUUCAUACUGGAGAAAAAUUUUACAAAUGUACUACAUGUAGCAAAUCAUUUACUUAUUCUUCAAGUCUCAUUGUGCAUCAGAGAAUUCAUACUGGGGAGAAACCCUACAAAUGUAGAGAAUGUGGCAAAGCAUUUUACUGUAGUUCACACCUUACUGAGCACCGGAGAAUUCAUACUGGAGAAAAAUUUUACAAAUGUAAAACAUGUAGUAAAUCCUUUACUCAUUCCUCACAUCUUAUUGUGCAUCAGAGUAUUCAUUCUGGAGAGAAACCCUACAAAUGUGACAAAUGUGGCCUGUCUUUUGUGUGUUCUUCAACCCUUAGGCGACAUCACAGAAUUCAUACUGGAGAGAAACCUUAUAAAUGUGAUGAAUGUGGUAAAGCCUUUAAUCAGUGCUCUCGGCUUACUAUACAUAAAAGGAUUCAUACGGGAGAGAAGCCCUACAAAUGUAAAGAAUGUGGUAAAGGUUUUAAAACUAGUUCAGAAGUUACUCAGCACCAGAGAAUUCAUACUGGAGAAAAACUUUACAAAUGUACAAUGUGUACCAAAUCCUUUACUCGUUCUUCAUAUCUUAUUUUGCAUCAGGCAGUGCAUACUGGAGAGAGACCCUACAAAUGUAAAGAAUGUGACAAAUCCUUUAACUAUUGUUCACUUCUUACUCAGCACCAGAGAAUGCAUACUGGAGAAAAGGUUUACAAAUGUAAUACAUGUAGCAAAUCUUUUAGUCAUUCUUCAAGUCUUAUUGUGCAUCAGAGAAUUCAUACUGGAGAGAAACCCUACAAAUGUAAGGAAUGUGCCAAAGCUUUUAACUCUAGUGCACAUCUUACUCGGCAUCAGAAAAUUCAUACUGGAGAAAAAUUUUACAAAUGUAAUGCAUGUAGCAAAUCUUUUACUUAUUCCUCAAGUCUUAUUGUACAUCAGAGAAUUCAUACUGGAGAGAAACCCUAUAAAUGUGAAGAAUGUGGCAAAGCCUUUAACCAGUACUCAAACCUCACUAAACAUAAGAGAAUGCAUACUGGAGAGAAACCUUACAAAUGUGAAGAAUGUGGCAAAACCUUUACCUGUAGAUCAUACCUUACUCAACAUGAGAGAAUUCAUAGUAGAAAAACUCUACAGGUCUGACAAAUAAGGAAAUAAUUUUAUCUAAAAUAUACUACUUAGAAACCACCAGAAAUAUCAUAGGGAACAAAACUUUCCAGAUGCAAUAAAUGGAAGGAAGCAUUUACUGAAAGGGGAACUCUAAUUGAAUUGGGAUUCGCAGAACGACUAAACCAUUAACACUUUGAAAUUGUAGACCCAAACAAAAUAUUUAUUACAGAGGCUAAUCCAAAUCUAAGACAAUUAUAUAAUUUAUUCAUGUACUUCACAGAUGCAAAAAAGUUGAUACUUGGAGAUGUAUAGUUAUUCCAUACUUUGGCAGUAUUGACAGUAUUUGAGUUUUUUCAAAAGCAGCGAUUAUUGCCUAAUUCAAAUGUCAAUUCAGUUGAUGCUAUGCCUUAAUUUCUAGUGUUCAUAUGAUAACACGUGGUCUUUUUUCCUGCAUCGGAACCAUUAGAUGCCAUUCUAUAUUAUGUGAAUAUCAUUAAUUAAUAUCAAUUUUUGUAUGGAUGUAUAAUUACAGAUCUAAAACUUGAAGAAAAUCUAAAGAACAAUACAGUUUGUGACUUAUAAGGCAUUCAUGCAUGCAAGCAUAUGGCACGUGUUCUCAACAUUAUUCUUCUGAAUUAACUAAGAGGACCAAUGUGAAUUUUCUAAAUAAAUGAUCUUUCCACUUGCUCCGUAAGUGGAGAAAACUUGCCAAUUAAUCAAAAUACCGAGAUAUCUUCAUUUUAGAAUGAAGUAUAAGUCUUGAGCAUUAUUUGGUGUGCUAGAAGACAUGGUAGAAGUGUUGCAUGUUAUUUAAUGUGAUAGAAAUAUAUGUCUGUAUAUUUCCAUAGAUGUCAGUGAAAAGUGAUGAUUUCUUCUGUCUGGAAUGUAGCAAAUGUAUUUCUAUCCAACAUUAACAUAGCCUCGCUCUUUUUUUUUU